AUGGAGAGGGGAAAAAAUCAACAUGCAAGGAAUGCAAGAGAUGCAAGAGAUGGGGAUGGGGUAGAAAACAUCGUGGGUGUUGAAGAUAUGCCAAAUCCCAGUGGUUUUGAUGCCAUGGAGGAGGAUGAAGAGAUGAUGGGUGUUUGUGAUAGAGAAAUGUGGCUUGAAAGACACAGAGGUGAUCUUCUUGAUGUGAAUGAAGCUUCAAUUUUCUACAAUGACUUCCCUACCCUCUCUGAUUUUCCUUGCAUGUCGUCAUCGUCGUCGUCUUCGUCGACUCCGGCGCCUGCGAAGGCAAUUGCAUCGAAUUCAUCGUCUCCGUCCGCGUCAUCCUCGUCUUCUGCGGCUUCGUGGGCUGUAUUGAGGUCUGACGCAGAGGAAGAUACUGACAAAAAGAAUCAGAACAAUAACCACCAUGAUGAUGAUCUGGUGGAUGCUCCACCACCAGCCUCCAUGGAGGUCUUUCAUCCUCCGCCGCCAUCUGGUGAUAUCGAUUGCAUGGACGUGAUGGAGACUUUUGGGUACAUGGAUCUGAUGGAUUCGAAUGAAAUUUGGGACCCAUCAUCGAUUUUCGAAAAUGAAAACCCACAAGAAUUCACGCAUGAUCAAAAACCACAGAUACAACGAGAAGAUCAGCAACAUCAUCAGCAGCAGAAUGAGGAGGAAAAUGAUGGGCAGUACAUGGUACAGAGUCAAGAACAGAGGCCAUUGGAUGAGCUAGGGAUUGUGUUCUUUGAGUGGCUUAAAUCAAACAAAGAGUACAUAUCUGCUGAAGAUAUGAGGAGUAUCAAGCUCAGGCGAGCCACGGUUGAUUGUGCUUCGAAGCGUUUGGGAAGCACAAAAGAAGGUAAAAAGCAGUUGUUGAAACUCAUUCUCGAAUGGGUCGAGCAGUACCAACUCCAGAAGAAGCAACCACAACCAGCCUCUGAACUCCCUUGCCAAUACCAAGAACAUUUUCAAAACCCUAACCCUAAUAAUCUCGCUUGCAAUCCCAUUCCUCCUCCUGAUAAUACUAGCACCUGUUUCUCCCUUGCUUCAUGGAUGCCACCACCGCUACCGCUACCUCCACCACCGCAUUACGACCAGUCGACCGCUGUCAUGGUGGCUCCGACGGCAUUUCCACCGAUGGGUGGGUACGUGGGUGAUCCGUACUCUGGUGGUGGUCUUGUUCCUCCACAUCUGAACCAGAACAUUAAUGGUCAUCCAAACUAUCAUCAUCCACCAUCAACAGAGUAUCAUAUAAUUGAUUCGGCUCAAACAUGGUCUUCGGCACAAUAUGGAAUGGCGUCCCAAUACAGCCCAUUUCCGGAGAAUAACAGCAAUAAUAAUACCGCUACUGGUUCGCCUUUUCCCCAAGCAUUUGCUGGGUAUGGGAAUCAACAAUACCCAUAUCAAUAUUAUCAUCAGGGGAAUGGGAAUGGGAAUGGGAAUGGUGGUGAGAAGUUAGCGAGGUUGGGUUCUUCGGCGACUAAAGAAGCUCGAAAGAAGAGGAUGGCGCGGCAGAGACGGUUUCUCUCUCACCAUCGGCAUCAUCACCAUAACCAUCAAAACCAACAUCAGAAUCAGAAUGCCGAACAACAAGAAGCAAGGCCUGGCAGUGAAAAUUGCACAAACACAGCUCAAGCCAACACUGCCAGCUGGAUAUACUGGCCUCCUGUUGCUGUCCCUGCUGCUUCAACGGGGCCCGUAAUUGCUGCCCAUAAUGCAUCGCAACCACGUACCGCCGCGGAUCGACUGCCCAUACAACCGCAAAACUAUCAGCAAAAGCCGGUUUCAUCGGACAGGCGACAACAGGGGUGGAAGUCGGAGAAGAACUUGAAAUUUUUGCUGCAAAAAGUGUUGAAACAAAGUGAUGUGGGUAAUCUGGGAAGAAUUGUGUUGCCAAAAAAAGAGGCAGAAACCCAUCUCCCGCAACUGGAUGCAAGGGAUGGAAUUACAAUUACCAUGGAAGACAUUGGUACCUCUCGCAUCUGGAACUUGCGCUACAGAUUUUGGCCCAACAACAAAAGCAGGAUGUACCUCCUGGAAAACACAGGUGACUUUGUUCGAGCAAAUGGACUCCAAGAGGGAGAUUUCAUAGUGAUAUACUCGGACGUCAAGUGUGGCAAAUAUUUGAUAAGAGGAGUGAAGGUACGACAACCGGGAGCGAAAGCUGAGGGCAAGAAGCUGGCAAAAGGUCACAGAAACCAGCGCACAGCAUCACCGUCAACCGGUAAUUGCGCGGCCUCUCCUCAACCAUCAGAAAAAACAGUGAAGUAG